UGUCCGCCCCGCAGCAUCCCCAACCUUCUCCGCUCCAGACUGGGCCCCUGCACGGCGCGCCGAGCACUCAGGACUAUAUCCACCCACCAAAAAACACACACCAGAAGCUGUAACUUUCCGCAGUCAUAUGUCGCUGUGGACAUUUGGGAGGUGGGGAACUAGCACGGACUUUGGGACUUUCAGCCAGCUGUGCUCCAGCAUGCAGGUGCUAACAUGCGCGCUGCUGACCCUCAUCACUCUAACCAUCAGCAGCACCGAGCUGCAGGCUUACUCCUGCCCGGUCAGGGGCAACUGCACCGAGUGGAGAGCUCACACAAUCUGCUGCAGUGACAUUGAUAUUCUCCCGAGGUUUCCAGCAAGCACAGAGACGCUAAUGCUUUCUGAUACCAAACUCUCAUCUGUUCCAGUGAAUGCUUUUGCCAGCAUGGUCAACAUCUCAGGGAUAUACAUAAACGUGGAUAAGAAGCUGCAGCGGCUGGAGAGGCACUCAUUUUACAACCUCAAGAAAAUCACCCACAUAGAGAUUCGGAACACAAAAAUGUUGACGUCUGUCGACCCAGAAGCCUUUAAACAUCUACCGAACCUCAAGUACCUGGGGAUUUUGAACAGUGGCUUGACCUUCUUCCCUGCUUUAAACAACGUCCACUCAAAUGACAUAAACUUCAUACUGGAAAUUGUUAAUCAUCCCUACAUUACUGAGAUCCCAGCAAACUCAUUCCAGGGCAUCACAAGCGAGUUUCUGACAGUAAUGCUGUAUGGAAAUGGCUUCAGAGAGAUACAACAUCAUGCCUUUAAUGGGACAAAGCUAGAUCAAGUUGACCUACACAGGAAUGAAUAUUUGACCAGGAUGGAUAGUCGGGCUUUCGCAGGAAUCAUCAGUGGCCCCACACUUCUAGAUGUUUCCCAAACAGGAAUCACAUCCCUACCCUCCACAGGCAUGGGCUCCCUGCGAGAGCUGAAGGCACGUGACACCUGGGCCCUCAAGAAACUGCCGCCCAUCAAGGCCUUUAAGCACCUCGCCACUGCCAACCUCACCUACCCGAGCCACUGUUGCGGCUUUAAAAACCUCAAAAAGAAACGGGGCUUUUUGGAGUACAUCAUCUGUAACCUAACCGCUUUCUAUGACCAUUACCACAAGCGUUCUGUGGGGCCCCUUAGCAUGCCAUCCCUUCAAGGGGACGGAGUCGGUGAAACACUCCCAGAGCAGGAGCAGAGAAAUGAAGGUCAUGGAGAACUGCAGCAAGGCUGGAGGAGAGGAGACUUCCAUGGCAGCCUUUACUACCACACCUACUUUGGAGGCCAGCCAGACGAGGAAGUGGGUUUUGGAGAGACCCUCAAGAACCCCCAAGUGGACAACAGCCAAGAUUUUGACAGUCGUUACGAUUAUGUGGUGUGUGAAGAGGGAGGGGAAGUGACGUGUGCACCAGUGCCUGAUGAGUUCAAUCCCUGUGAGGACAUAAUGGGGUUUGGCUUCCUGCGGGUGUCUGUGUGGUUUGUGAGCUUGUUGGCUGUUUUGGGAAAUGUGGUGGUGCUCCUGGUGCUGCUCACCAGCCACUACAAACUCUCAGUCUCUCGCUUCCUCAUGUGCCACCUGGCUUUCGCUGAUCUUUGCAUGGGGAUUUACCUGCUGCUCAUCGCUUCUGUGGACCUCCACACCCGCUCCGAGUACUUCAACCACGCUAUCGACUGGCAGACGGGCCCUGGCUGCGGACUUGCGGGGUUCUUCACAGUCUUCGCCAGCGAGCUGUCCGUUUACACCCUGACGAUGAUCACACUCGAGAGGUGGUAUGCCAUCACCUUUGCCAUGCGGCUGGACCGCAAACUCCGUCUACACCACGCAGCAGCUGCAAUGGUAGUUGGCUGGAUCCUCUGCCUCCUUCUGGCUCUGCUGCCACUGGUUGGAGUGAGCAGUUACCAGAAAGUCAGCAUCUGUCUCCCAAUGGACACCCAGUCCACAACAGCUCAGAUUUACAUCUUGCUGGUGUUGGUCCUAAACAUUCUGGCUUUCUUUGUCAUCUGUGCCUGCUACUUUAAGAUCUACUGCACAGUGCACAACCCUGAGUACCACUCUGCAUCCAAGGACACCAACAUUGCCAAGCGCAUGGCCAUCCUUAUCUUCACUGACUUCUUAUGCAUGGCUCCCAUUUCCUUCUACGCUAUGUCAGCCGCUCUAAACCGGCCCCUCAUCACUGUAUCUAACUCCAAGAUUUUAUUGGUGCUCUUUUACCCUCUCAACUCCUGUGCCAAUCCAUUCCUGUAUGCCAUCUUCACAAAGGCCUUCAGAGGUGACAUAUUUAUCCUCCUCAGCAAGGUAGGUCUGUGUCAGCAGCAGGCACAGCUGUUUAGAGGCCAGACUGUCUCAUCGAAGGGCAGCAGCGGGAAUUCUCAGGUGCGGAGGGGAAAGGUUAGGAAAAGCGGAAGCAUUGGCCAAGAAGAGGUACCCAUCAACCUGAAGAGCUUCUCCAGACAAACCUACCACCAAGGAAUCAUCCAGAAGAUGAAGCCUGACGAGAACCAAAGCCUGAACAAGAGUUGAACAUCAGCCUCAGGAAGCGAGCUGAAAGAGGUUCAUUGGGAAGAAGCUUCAAAAUAUUUCUGGACAGCUACUGUUCUGCAUCAGCUUUAGGUUUCAGACCCUGGUUGUGGAAUUACAGCCAUCAUGAAUCUAAUUUAAAUGCUAAUCCAGUAUAAGUCUCUUCUAUUUUAAUAGUGUUUCUAGAACAGCACUGAAAGUGUUUACAGGAAGAAAAUAAAGCACAAAUAAAAGCUGAAAUUAAGCAUGAUUUCUUUUCAUUUUAUAUAUUCAGUAUAAAUUAGAUAUUACAAAUAUAUCACUUUAAUUUGAACAACUGUUUGAGGCCCAUUAUUUGUAGGUAUUGUCUUCUACAGCCUGCUGGCUCAGUGCCGUUCAACCGUGGAAACUUUGUACCAUUUAUUUAAAAUAUGAAAAAUACAUUUUCAUUUAUUAUUACUUUCACAACUCUGUAGAUUAUGAAAUAGUAAAUGAAGAAAAAAUAUAUAUUUUUCAGAUUUUAACCUCUGCUUCUUCUGAGAAAUAAACACAAAGAUGUGCAGGAUGAUUCUGUGCUAUAGUCUUAAGAGUUUUUACAGUGCAUGUAGUUUUUGUAAGCCUGUUUUAGUGGCAUAUAUAGAUAAAAAUAAAGUACUUCUGUUCUUUG